AAAGGAUCAUAUCAGAUCCAAGUCUCAUAUCAGAUAUCUGGAGUCUCGUUUGGAAUAUCUUUGGAAAUUUAAACGUUCAUUACAGCGCGAUGGAGGAGACAACGCUGUCGACAUUUUUGUCCGUGUCUUCCAGCUCGCCGAAUGAAGUCUCUACGAAGGACAUGGAGGAAAUGGAAAUGCAGUGGCUGGAGAACGAGGCAAUACCAGGUUUUCGCAUCUGGCAGCUUGCCGGCAUCGUUCUAUCCAUUCUGCUAAGCAUCGUCGUCGGGUUGUGUUGUUGCAUUCGCUUCCGCGUGCCCAGAACAAAGCAGGAGAUUGAGGCGGAUUACAUUCGCAAGAAAAUCACCAAGAGUUUUCGGAACGAGCUCUCGAAGAUCAGCAACACGGAAAUGGACGAGAUGAAUCUGCAGAAAGCUUUGGACAGAAUUCGAAACGAAUACGAGAAGAAUACGUCAGCGAAGGAGUGCACGGAAAUGGAACGCAGUGCUCAGCAAAGCUUUCGAUCCAGAUUUAACGCCGUGUUCAGUGGGAUGCGUGUGCGUUUCAAUCAACGUGAGCACACGGAAUUGAACGCUACGAUCUAACGACAUGGAUCGCUCUCUGAUGUCCUAUAUGAAGAAAUAAAAACGAACCUCUCAAAAAUGUCUCGUAAUUUUCUCGACGCACAAAUUUAGGGAUAUCGAAUGAAACAGAACAAAGUGAGAAAUAUA